AAGUUGGAGAGAUUCCACUACAAUCCAAAAAUCCAUUUUCUACGCAACUGGUUCUACUGAGGCUAGAUAGGGCUUCCUUGUCGGAGUAAAAGCCAAGCAAAACUCCAAAAUUCGAAUUUGUUUCUGCAUAAAACCUCCGAGACAAGGACUACACCAUGGUCCGCAAACUCAAGCAUCACGAACAGCGACUGCUGCGAAAAGUCGACUUUACGACAUAUGCCCAGGACAAUGGACAUCGCGAUGCAGCUGUAAUCCGACGAUAUGCGAUCCAGAAACCCUCCGACUACACUACAUAUAACCGGCUCUGUGGCUCUCUACGACAACUAGCCCACCGCAUCUCACAGCUCGAUCCUGCCGACCCAGUGCGCACACGGCACGAGGAACUGCUAUUGGCCAAGCUGUUUGACAUGGGCAUCCUGGGCACUGGUGGCGGAGGGAAAGGCAAACUGAGCGAUGUCGAGCACAAGGUUACUGUCAGUGCGUUUGCGCGGAGACGCCUGCCUGUCAUCAUGACUCGAUUGAGAAUGGCAGACCAUGUUAUGGGGGCCAUCAAAUUUAUCGAACAAGGACAUGUCCGCGUCGGUACAGAAGUUAUUACGGACCCAGCAUACCUCGUCACUCGGAACAUGGAAGACUUUGUCACAUGGACCGACUCAUCCAAGAUUAAGCGCAACAUUCUGCGCUACCGCGACCAAUUGGAUGACUUUGACCUGCUGUAAUUUUGGCCUUGUCAUCAUAUUUUCUCUUUCUUUCUUUCUAUCCCUUUUCUUUUUAUAAAUAGUCUCUUCAUUUCUGCCCCUUUCUUUUUUCCUAUGACAGUCUCUUAUAUCUUUUCCCCAUUUCCGUCCUCUCAGGGAGUUCAAAAGGCGUAUACGGCGCAUCAACAAAAAGCGCGCAUGUCGAUUAGCUUGUCAGGGUACAAUGGCAAUACACUUGGAUAUUCUGCAUUUGCCAGGUUCAUACAGGUAUUUUCUAUACUUUUUUUCCUCCCCCCUGUACGUUUGUUUUUCCCAAUAAAAGGGCAAAUAUAUCACCCAUUGAAACCCGCGACGUUGAAUGCUCUUUUCAAUCUCCAACGAC